AUUUUGUAGCUAGCAUACGGAAAGGAGUGUAGUGUAUUUCUUUUUUUUUUAAUUUAACAAGCUUGCGCGAUAUCGAUAGAUAAUACGGAAGUGUACUUUUUCUUUAGAAAACAUUUACAAGUUGUCUGAAGAAUGUCUGCUCGGGUUCUAUAAUGGAAACUGCUGAGAGACGAAUUAUUUUACUUGGAAAAGCUGGCAGUGGUAAAAGUUCAACUGGUAACACCUUGCUUAGAUGUCAUGCGUUUGAAGAGCGCAGGAGUCGACAAUCAACAACACGAGACUGCAAAUUCUGGAAACGCUUUAAUGACGAAAGAAAUAUGUCAUACACUAUUGUUGACACUCCAGGAUUUUUGUACACUGAAGGAAAUCUGGCAGAAAAUUUAUUAGAAAUACAAAGGUCAGUAGAGAUCUGUCCGGAACCGCAUGCCUUCUUGUUGGUGUUUAGUUCAUAUAACAGUUUAGAUGAAGAAAAUGUCUACACUGUCGAUUUGCUUCGAGUUGCAUUUGGCGAACAAGUAUUCAAUCAUUGCAUUAUUGUUUUCACACAUGGAAAUUACUUCAGCACGGAUGAGGAAUUCACACAGUUUUGGCAGACGUCAAACAACGUGUUAAUAAAACUUAUCGAAAGAUGUGGCGGCCGGAUAAUCAGAAUAGAAAAUGAACAAACCACGAUGAUUUCCCGCAAUGAUGGUGUAAAUCGUAUAUAUGAUUAUGUUGAAGAAGUGUCCGAUUCCGGAAGAAAUCUGUAUAAUUGCCAGAUUACGAGAACAUGCAAAAAUGUGCUUAAAGAAUGUUUGUCACGAAACAAAGGUCAAGCGUAUAUGCUGCAGGUUUCUACGUUGGUAGAUGCCAUUGACUUGAAGGAACAACAGUUUAAAGAAAGCGAAGAAAAAGAGAGAAGAAUUAUGUGGGUUGGUAAAACAGACAAUGGCAAGAGUGCUACUGGUAACACCCUUGACUUGAAGAAACAGCAGUUUAAAGGAAGGGAAGCAAAAGAGAGAAGAAUCAUUCUUGUUGGUAAAACAGGCAAUGGCAAGAGUUCGACUGGUAACACUUUACUCGGAAAAUCAACUUUCGACGCAGACAGGAGUCUUAAAUCUAAGACGCAAACAUGCAAAUUGGAAGAAGGCCAAUAUAACACUAACGAUGUGCUAUAUAGCUUCACUGUAGUUGACACGCCAGGGUUAAUGGACACUGACGAAAGACUUGCGAAACGGCUGCUAGAACUGCAAAAUUCGAUCUCUGUCUGCCCACAACCUCAUGCCUUUCUGUUGAUAUUCAGUUCGAACAACCGCUUGACAACAGAUGAAAAGUACACUAUAGAUCUACUUCGUGUUGCUUUCGGUGAGAAUGUGUGUGAUCAUUGUAUCGUUGUUUUUACUCAUGGAAGUGAAUUUCAAACAGACCAGAAAUUCAAGGAGUUUUGGGAAGAGUCAGAAACGCUAGUGGAUCUUGUCCAAAGAUGUGGAGGACGAAUAGUCAAAAUAGAGAAUAGAGAAAGUCCGGUUGAUCUCGAAGAUAAUGAAAACGUAAAACACAUAACUGAAAUGAUCGAAAAAAUGUCCAACGGGGGAGAGAAAACAUAUAUGUACGAUUAUAUAAGCAUUCACAAAAAUGCGAUAAAAGAACACUUAGAAAACUUUAAGGAUCCUGAAGAUGUUCAAAAAGAACUGUCUGCCCUGGUAAAUUCCAUUGGCAAACAUCUUAGUACAGAGAUAUGGAAAGUAAUGCUUGUUGGCGGAACAAUGGCAGUAAGUGCAGCAGUAGGUGUUGCGGCGGGUGGUUAUGGGAUUUACGUCGCUGGAAAUGCAGCAGUUGAACUAGCAAAGUCUCCGCAAGUAAUGGCAGCCAUAGCGAAUGGUAUCUCAGCAGCCGGCAGCGCCAUUUCUUCUGCAGCAGUGUCGUUAACUUCAAAAGCGAUGUUCUGGAAAAACUAAAGUUUUGUGUUCCAUGAUACAUUACGUCACGAAAAGUUGUAUAGUCUAUAUGUAUGAAUAAGACAGUAAGCAUACAUGUACAGGAAUAAAUUGUAUAAAAACCGCCAGGAAAUAACAGCAGUAGACUUUUGAGUGUUUUGUUUUUUUUCUAUAAUUUUAAUUUUUCAUUGCACGCACUUGCAAUGUUACACAUAUCUUCAGGCAGUUACAUUUUGAAAUAAAACAAUUAAAUUCGGGAUACGACGUAAAAAGACAUACGGCAAAACUUCAAAUGGACGUUCAUGACAUUUUUGUGAAAAAUAUCUCGAAUAUGUACAUAUAGAAAAGUUAUGAAGCAUACAGUUAGGGAAACAUUAGAGACAAAUCCAGCUAAUCCAAUAGGAUGAUAUACUAAUCCCCAAUAAUAACGUGACUCCAGCCAAGGACUAGUCCAUUUCAUGAUAACUGAUGAAAUAACAAUUCAUAAAGCUUGCACAUUACUUGACAAGUAAAUUUGAAUUUUGUUUCAUUUUAACUAUCCAUUUAGUAUACUGUAACAUAGCUCAGUCGGGUAAAAUGCAGAUAACAAUCGGGUAUAAUAGGUUAUAUAGCAGUAAUUCGGUCAAAAAUGUGCUUCCGUGGACUUCGAAAGAAGUCCCUAAUAAACAGAUCCUAAUUUUACCAUUUUUCGCGCAUUUGCGUAUAAACCGGGGCCAAAUUGGCAUGAUUUCACUGGUGAAAUGAAUUUAUACAUGAAAUAAAACACUUCUCAUGCUUAUAUUC